UCUUAAAACACUGCCCAGAGACUGUCAGAGGCUGAAGUGAGAAUCAUUGAAACCCAACAGUAGAAACAUAGAUGGGACUUCGGACUACAUGGAAUCCCUGAAGAAAAACAGGACAACAUUAAAGGCAAAGUUUCCAACAUCUGCUCUGCUGUUGUAGGGAAACAUAACAGAAACAUGGACUUUGCUCAUCGUCAUCCUUUCUAAAUUCAAAUCUAAAUGCAAAUUGUCCCUAUAUAGGCACAGUGUCUUACCUUACAUAAAUCUGUGAGAAUUUGUUAUGUAUUUUAUAUCUUUUCAUAGCAUUUGUGGGGAUUGUGCUCUCACUGUUUGCGCUUCUUGUACAGUCUCAGUUACAAUCCUAGUGAAUGGGUAUUUAUGUAUAUAUCUUUAAAUUACUGUUGUUUUAUUAUUUUCUUUAAUGCACCCGUCCAGCUCUGCAAACAAGCACUAGUGCCUGAUAGUGUGAAGACGCCAUCUAGUGUUAGGACACCAUCUAGCGUUCGGACGCCAUCUAGUGUUAAGAUGCCAUCUAGUGUUAUGACGCCAUCUAGUGUUAAGAUGCCAUCUAGUGUUAAGAUGCCAUCUAGUGUUCGGAUGCCAUCUAGUGUUAUGAUGCCAUCCAGUGUUAAGAUGCCAUCUAGUGUUCGGAUGCCAUCUAGUGUUUGGGCGCCAUAUAGUGUCAAGAUGCCAUCUAGUGUUAAGAUGCCAUCUAGUGUUCGGAUGCCAUCUAGUGUUAUGAUGCCAUCUAGUGUUAUGAUGCCAUCUAGUGUUAGGACGCCAUCUAGUGUUAAGAUGCCAUCUAGUGUUAAGAUGCCAUCUAGUGUUAGGACGCCAUCUAGUGUUCGGGCGCCAUCUAGUGUUAAGAUGCCAUCUAGUGUUAAGAUGCCAUCUAGUGUUAGGACGCCAUCUAGUGUUCGGGCGCCAUCUAGUGUUAAGAUGCCAUCUAGUGUUAAGACGCCAUCUAGUGUUAAGAUGCCGUCUAGUGUUAGGACGCCAUCUAGUGUUAAGACACCAUCUAGUGUUAGGACGCCAUCUAGUGUUUGGGCGCCAUCUAGUGUUAAGAUGCCAUCUAGUGUUAAGACGCCAUCUAGUGUUAGGACGCCAUCUAGUGUUAAGAUGCCAUCUAGUGUGAAGACGCCAUCUAGUGUUAGGACACCAUCUAGUGUUAAGAUGCCAUCUAGUGUUAAGACGCCAUCUAGUGUUAGGACGCCAUCUAGUGUUAAGACGCCAUCUAGUGUUAAGAUGCCAUCUAGUGUUAAGAUGCCAUCUAGUGUUAAGACGCCAUCUAGUGUUAGGACGCCAUCUAGUGUUAAGACACCAUCUAGUGUUAGGACGCCAUCUAGUGUUAGGACGCCAUCUAGUGUUAAGACACCAUCUAGUGUUAGGACGCCAUCUAGUGUUCGGGCGCCAUCUAGUGUUAAGACGCCAUCUAGUGUUAGGACGCCAUCUAGUGUUAAGACACCAUCUAGUGUUAGGACGCCAUCUAGUGUUCGGGCGCCAUCUAAUGUUAAAACGCCAUCUAGUGUUGCCUUGCACUUAAAUGUCUCGCAUAGAUUACCGGCUAGUUUCUGAUUGUAUAGAUGAGGAUAACAUUACUGCUAGUUUAUUAACAACACCAUUCACAGAUCAUAAAGCAGUAUCACUGACUGUCUCCUAACAUUACUCCCCCCGGGCCUAAUUAAAGCAGGACUUUAAUUACUCUAUUUUUUGUAUGAAUUACAAUACAAUAAAUCUGAAACUUGUUUUGCACAUCUCAUAAAAAUCUCCAGCUGAGGUACUAACUGCCAUCAAACACCUGAAACUCAACAGAUCUCCAGUGGUUCUAUUUGCCUUAGCAGAACAAAUGGACCAUUUCCUCCACCGGGUCCUCACAGAAAGCAAACUUCUUCUCUAUGUCCAGACCUUUUACCCUAGAAUGACCCGCUUUUGAUUGACAGAUCUGCCUUCUUAACGACUAUAAAUUUUUGCAAUGAGAAUGAAAAGUGUUCUUAGCCAUAUAAUUGAAAAUGGGUUUAUGACACACAGACAAAUGAACUAUUACUUGUAAACAAAGCUACGCGGGUGACGAUCAUUGCUCCCAUUGGACAGAAAUGAUGGGGGCGGGACAGAGCACAGACCCGGAAAUGUAGGAAAACAUCUGUAGACGUGCUG